AGACUCCAGCCUUUGCAGUGGAUACGGUCCUUAGGUACAACAUAACGGCUUUUGAGUCCCAACCUCCAAUUGCUCGAAUUUGGGUUAGACUUCCUAACUCUCCCGGUCUUCUCAUCGUCCUUAAUCCAAGAGCGACUAAGGCUAUAUCCCUCUUGUAUAUUGAUAUAUCGGCCCUGUGGGGUGGCACAUCCACGUAG